AUAUGGAUGGGUCUGAAAAAGAUAACAUACAAGAUUCUCAUGAUACCGUGUGUACUUCCCACUUGUGUGGAAAAAAAACUGAAAAAUCAUCCAAUUUUCUGAACAGCAUUUGGGUAAAUAGGACCUAUGAAGACAAAGACGUAACUGACAAUAAUGAUGAGGUACUAAAAAAAAAUUUAAAAGAAGUAGAAUUCUUCAAGUAUGAUUCAUUGCAACUGCGAGAAGAUACUCGGUCUGUACAGAACUUUGCACAACCUCAGCAGCUAUUGAUUCCAGCAAAUUGUACCCUGGAAAAGAAGAAUCACACAUUUCAAGUCAUAUGAAGGAAGAUGACGAUUUCUCAGACGAUGAAGGCGAUGCUACAGACUACAUUGAUAGUGAUGACGAAUACCAAGUGUCCUGUAAUAGACGUCUGAUGAGGGAAGCCGAUAGUGUGUUCGUUCAUGGAGGAUUCGAUCGCUACGGUUCAAGACCUUUAGAGGGAAGAUACAGCCAAGGUGUGGAACAGUAUAUGAAUAUGCCAGUUUUCUUGAAAUCAAUCCGAAAAUUUGCAACAGAUAAUAAUUUUGAGUUGUGGAAUGGAAAGCCUGACGGUAGUUGUAUGUUCCGAUCAAUAGCUGACCAACUGACAAUAAAUGGUCACUUUGGUCAUAUAGAGGACACACUUCGACACAUGACAGUUCAGUAUCUUACGGAUCAUCCUUUGCAGGAAGAUGGUUGUCCAAUCAAAUCCUUCCUAAGUACUGAAACCUGGGAAGAAUACCUGACAAGAAUUUCGAACCCGAUGGAAUGGAGCGAUCACAUAAUGCUGAAAGCAAUAGUAGAUGCACUUCAUUUGGAGGCUGUUGUGUUUAAUAUUUAUAAGGACGACGUUCGUCGCACAGAAGUGAAGUUCUCUAGAAAAGAUGUUUCGUUCCCGGCAUUGACUGUUUACCUUGGACAUUUAGGAGAGUUUCAUUAUGUUAGUCUUCGUCCAAAGAAAUGGGAAAAACUUUGGCCGAGCGCCACUUCAUAG